UUUUUUUUUUUUUUCCUCCUCUCUCCUCCUGGUUCAUAUGUGCUCGUACACGCAGCGCGGCUCAGUGGCGGACUGCGUCCUCACAGGGAGGAUGGGAGCUCUCUCGACGCAGAGGAUGUUAUGGAUGUGCGUUUUGUUCCUCGCAGUAAUAGCAACAGUUCGCGGUUCAAAUGUGUGCACGUCCAGGGGGGCCAGCACAUGUAAGCAGUGUCUGGCUGUUCACCCAAACUGUGCGUGGUGCUUCCAAGAGGACUUCGGCCAGGGAGUCGCCAGCUCGUCUCGCUGCGACCUGAAGACCAACCUGUUGGCCGCCGGCUGCGGCGCCUCAGCUCUAGAGUCUCCGACCAGCAAACUGCAAGUGAUCGAGGACCGGCCCCUCAGCAACAAGGCGGCGGCGGGAGCGACGCAAGACAUCACCCAGAUAAAGCCCCAGAAGCUACACAUCACCCUCAGGCCAGAUGACGCCAAGCGCUUCACGGUGAAGGUGCGUCAGGUGGAGGACUACCCCGUGGACCUCUACUACCUCAUGGACCUGUCCUACUCCAUGAACGACGACCUCUUCCGCCUGAGGACGCUGGGCAAAGGUCUGGCCGAGGCCAUGAACCGCACCACCAGCAACCUGCGCAUGGGCUUCGGGGCGUUCGUGGACAAGCCGCUGUCGCCGUACAUGUACAUCUCGCCCAAACAGGCCGUGAAGAACCCCUGCUACAACAUUAACACCACCUGUCUGCCGCAGUUCGGCUACAAACACGUCCUGUCCCUGACGGAGGAGGUGGGCCGCUUCACGGAGGAGGUGAAGAAGCAGAUGGUGUCCAGGAACCGAGACGCCCCGGAGGGAGGCUUUGAUGCCAUCAUCCAGGCCGCUGUGUGCAAGGAGCAGAUCGGCUGGCGUCCCGAUGCAUCCCACCUCCUGAUCUUCACCUCGGACGCUAAGACCCACGUGGCUCUGGACGGCCGGCUGGCUGGCAUCGUGCAUCCCAACGAUGGACAGUGCCACCUCAGCUCUGACAACAUGUACAGCAUGUCCACCACCAUGGAUUAUCCAUCGCUGGCUUUGAUCACCGAGAAGAUGUCAGAGAACAACAUCAACCUCAUCUUUGCCGUCACCAACCCUGUGGUUCCUCUGUACCAGAACUACAGCGAGCUCAUUCCUGGCACCACAGUAGGAACGCUGUCAAACGACUCGGGCAAUGUCGUUCAGCUGAUCCUGAAGGCCUACGCAAAAAUUCGCUCCAAGGUGGAGCUGGAGCUUCAGGGCGUCCCAGAGGAGCUGUCUCUGUCCUUUAACGCCACCUGUCUGAACGGAGAGGUCAUCCCCGGCCUCAAAUCCUGCUCUGGGCUCAAAAUAGGAGAUACGGUCUCUUUCAGCGUGGAGGCUCGCGCUCGCGGUUGCCCCAAACAAAAGAAGAAAACGUUCAUCAUCAAGCCCGUCGGGUUCAAGGACUCGCUGUCCAUCACCGUGACCUUCGAGUGCGACUGCAAGUGCCAGAGCAAAGCGCAGCCCGACAGCCCCAAGUGCAGCCACGGCAACGGGACGUACGAGUGCGGGAUCUGCCAGUGCCACCCGGGUCGCUUGGGGCCGCACUGCGAGUGCGCCGAGGGCGACUACAACCCCACGGAGCAGGACCGCUGCAGCGGACCCUCGGGAGCCGGAGGAUCUCCGUCCACCAUCUGCAGCGGCCGCGGCGACUGUGUGUGCGGCCAGUGUGUUUGCCACAGCAGUGACUUUGGGAAGGUCUGGGGGAAGUUGUGCGAGUGCGACGACUUCAACUGUCUGAGAUACAAAGGAGAACUCUGCUCAGGCCACGGCGUCUGCAACUGCGGCUUCUGCCAGUGUGCGCCGGACUGGCAGGGCGAGAACUGCAACUGCUCGCGACGCACGGACACAUGCAUGUCCAGCCUGGGUCUUUUGUGCAGCGGCAGGGGUCAGUGCGUUUGCGGGGCCUGCGAGUGCACCCAGCCGGGCGCCUACGGGGCCACGUGCGAUAAGUGCCCCACCUGCCCCGACGCCUGCACCAUGAAGAAGGAGUGUGUGGAGUGUAAGCACUUCAAGAGAGGCAAACUGUUCGACGACAACACCUGCAGUCGAAUCUGCAAAGAUGAGAUUGAGCUUGUGGAUGAAAUAGUGCUCCACGACACGAAUGCUGUGAACUGCACUUACAAAGAUGAGAAUGACUGUGUGGAGCGUUUCCAGUACUACGAGGACGCCAGUGGCAAGUCCAUCCUGUUUGUCAUCAAAGAGCCCGACUGCCCCAAGGGUCCAGACAUUCUGGUGGUGCUUCUGUCGGUGGCGGGGGCCAUCUUGUUCCUCGGCCUGGCGGCGCUGCUGAUCUGGAAGCUGCUGGUUACCAUCCACGACAGGCGGGAGUUUGCCAAAUUUGAGGAGGAACGUGCCCGCGCCAAGUGGGACACGCAACACAAUCCUCUUUACAAAGGAGCCACCUCUACCUUCACAAACAUCACCUACAGAGGAAAAGACUGAUGCUACUGAACAAAGACGAGGAAUAAAGGAUGAGCUUACGGACUUUUUCUUUUUUUUUUUUUAACCAUCCUUUGUGAGACAGCGACGAAUCAUGUGCAGGGCUCUACUGUCACCAGACAAUAGUUGAUAAUUAUUUGUUUGUAAAUAUGUAGAAAUGAUUCUGAGGACACAUCUUUUUUUUUUUUAAUCAGGGAUUUGUCUUAAACAACCACCUAUUCUACUCUGAUUAAAAAAAAAAAAAAAAGAUAAUAUUUUGUGUGAUUGAUGGUGAUUUUUUGUUUUGACUAAAGAAUAAAGACUUGGUCCUUGUUCUGA